AUGGCGACGCUUGAUCAGAAAUCCCCUAACGUGCUUCUGCAGAGCCUGUGCUGUAAGAUCACGGGCAAGAGCGAAGCUGACGUAGCCCAUCAGUUCCAGUACGCUGUGCGGGUCAUUGGAAGUAAUUACGCUCCCACAAUUGAACGGGACGAGUUUUUGGUGUCUGAGAAAAUUAAGAAAGAAUUGUUGAAACAAAGGCGGGAAGCAGAUGCAGCCCUUUUCUCUGAGUUGCACAGAAAGCUUCAGACCCAGGGUGUAUUGAAACACAGAUGGUCCAUCUUAUACCUCCUGCUCAGCCUCUGUGAGGACCCAAGGAAACCAUCCGGCCGGGUUCCUGUGUGUAGUUAUGGAGCUCUGCUUGCUCAGGCUUUGCCCCGUGAUGUUCACUCCACACCGUUCUACUAUGCCCGUCCUCAGAGUCUCCCACUCAGCUACCCAGAGCGCUCCGCCACAGCUCAUAACUCCAGCAUGGCUACCAGUGGAAUCAGCAGUAUGGGGGUGUUUUCUAUUAAUGGGCCUGGACCGACCCCACCAUCUUUGCUUACUGGGUCAUCUAUGAGAGGGUCUCGUUUAGCCUGGACUCUGCCAGUGUCCAGUUCUCCGUCUGGGGCAGCAGCUGCUCCUCGUCCCCCCAGCGGACCCUCCUCCAGUCCAGCUCCCAAACCACUGCAAAGACCCAGGCGGGACGGAGAUGGCAGUGCUGAUAUUGGGGAAGCUGCUCUCGUCCGAGACAUUCUUUAUGUUUUCCAGGGAAUCGACGGAAAGUUCAUCAAGAUGUGCAGCCCGGAAAACUGCUACAAAAUUGAUUCAAAGGUGCCACUGUGUAAGUCUUUGAGAGACACUAGCAGCAGGCUGGCCGAGCUCGGCUGGCUCCACAAUAAAAUUAGAAAAUAUACAGACUCACACAGCUUGGAUCGAGCCUUUGGUCUUGUUGGGCAGAGUUUUUGUGCUGCUCUGCAUCAGGAACUGAAAGAGUACUACAGAUUGCUCUCUGUACUUCAUGCACAGCUCCAGGUGGAGGACGAUCAGGGUGUAAAUAUGAGUGUUGACAGCAGUUUGACUCUGAGGAGACUUCUGGUGUGGACCUACGACCCCAAGGUUCGACUAAAAACACUGGCCGCCCUGGUGGACUACUGCCAAGGGCGUAAGGGUGGAGAGUUGGCCACUGCUGUACAUGCGUAUGGAAAGACGGGUGACCCCAACAUGAGAGCACUGAUCCAGCACAUCCUUGGUCUGGUGUCUCAUCCGAUUCUCAACUUCUUAUACCGCUGGAUUUAUGAUGGAGAGCUGGAGGAUACGUACCAUGAG